GAGGAAUAGUGAAGACAAUUCCUAACCAUGAAGGUGCCCUUAUCCAUAAUUUGUUUGGUGUUGCUUUUGCUUCAACGUGGUGAAUGUUUGUCGUGCUAUGAAUGCUUGGAAUCUUCCUCGUGGGGCCAGUGCACGAAGCAUCAGGAACCUCGUUAUUGUGAACCCGGAUGGAAAUGUGUGAUCAUGAAAGAGAAGGCGGAGGGUAAGAACGAGUACUACUACCGAAGAACGUGCAGUGAAGAGUCAGUGUGUAAAGAAUUCUGUAAGGACAAACGGGACUGCUUCUACUCUUGUUGUGACAGCGAUAACUGCAAUAAGGGGGAAAUCUGAGGAAAUCACUCCAAGUUAACUCAACACAUGCAUCAGUUUUGGAUAUGAUAUCAAUAAAAGGAUUUACCUGU